GAGCUCUGACUCUGAUAGUGCCGUAAGGAGCAAGUCCAGCAAGCGUAGGCGUUCGCGUAGUCCCGCAGCCCAAAGGGACUCAUCAGAGUCUCGGCGCAAGAGAAGCAGAAGUCGUGAGAAGUCUCGCAAGAAACCACACCACCGCGCAGAGAGCUCACCAGAGGCUCAGCGAUCUCGCUCCAAGAAGCAGCACAGCUCAGACGUUGACUCGUCUCCAGACCAUCGUUCUGCGCGACACCAAGAUGUCCAACCUUCCAACCAACAGACAUCCAGAGACAGUCCUAGAGAUGGAACGAGGGGGACAAGCCUCACCAAAAGGGCCAGCAACUUUGCAAGUACCUAAUGCAAGUCAAGAGCAUGAGGUCGCAGAGAAAGGCACUAAGCCAGAGGUCUAUUGCAAUGAGAGAUCAAACAGCCGUGACUUGAGCUAUUCCCCCAUACAGCGUGAACCGCAGAGAUAUGUGAUAGGCACAGACCCACAGAAGGUGAGGUCAGGGUCCCGUUCUGUGAGCAAGUCGCCAAAGAGAUUGAGUGUUAGAGAAAGCCCUUCCUGUGGGUCAAUACCUUUGCCAAAAAUGGGUAGUCCAACUAAAGUGGGAUUAGGUGAUAAAAGUAGCCCAAAAUGGAAUCAGAAUCAGACAGUGUCUAAGGUCUUAGAAACCAAUGAUGUCCUGAAAAGACCAGGUGAGCUGGUCACUGUCCGGGCCAUUGGAUCUCAGGAGUUACCAAGACUUCCACAAAAUGGGCGGCACACAGGAAGACCUUCUGCAAGCAAAUCACCAGCACCUCACACAAGUGGGGUGACAGCAGCUUCACCAACCCACAGCAGGUACUCCCGAAGCUCCAGCAGAGGGAGAUCAUCUUCACGUAGCACUCGCAGCUCACGUUCUCCGUCUUCAUCAAGGUCCCGUUCACCAUCACCACGCUCACGGUCACCUACUUCUCGCUCGAGAUCCCCAAGGUCUCGUUCUCCACAUUCCCGGUCUAGAUCGCACUCCCGUUCAAGAUCCCGUUCCCUGAGAUCACACUCAAGAUCUCGCUCGUAUACAAGGUCAAGGUCUCGCUCGAGGUCCAGAUCGAGAAGAAGUAGGUCCCGGUCUCGGUCACGAUCCUAUGGCCACUACAGUAGAUCGGCCUCGCGUUCAAGAUCCAGAACGAGGACCAGGUCCCGUUCACGGUCGCUCUCCAUCCCAAGGAGGAGAGGGUCCCCUUCCUUUCUGGACAAGAGAAGGAUAACAAGCGCAAGGAAGCGACCAGUGCCCUACCAUCGGCCCACUCCCCCCCCUUCCCCAUCUUCUUCCGAAUCAUCUUGGUGGUCUCGCAGCCGUAGCCGCACUCGGAGCAGAUCCUGGAGCCGUACGCGUUCUCCCUCCUAUAGUAGGUAAUCAAGAAACAAAGCUCCUGUCACAUACUUUUCAAUCCGAAUCCAAUCGCGACACAGCUAGGUUGAGAGCUUACAACAUUCCCAUAUCAAUGCAAUAUUAAUUCUCGGUAUAAGAUGCAUGUGUUAUUUUUGUUAGCUCUUAUUUGGAGGUUAGAAAUUUGUCAGAAGUUAUUGAGAAUAUUGAUAACUGUUUUAUAAACUUGUAAAAAGUGUAUAGGAGGGUAUAUUACAAUGCUUUCACAAUUAUAUCAAUUAUAUCCUCAUAUACGAUAAAUGUAUAUAAAACUUGAUAUACAAAGAAUUAUGGCAAAGUCUGUUAACUCCUGAAUACUUUAUUUUACAAGAAGUAAGAGGAAUCAAAAUAUCACAUUAAUUUGGUAACUUGACAGAAAGUGCAAAAUUAUUAGGGUUUUGUAAAGUCUGCUGUACUGUACCUACAAUAGGAGAGAAAACUAUAAAAAUUGGGAGCCUUUGCUUUUGUCAGUGUGGUAACUUGCUUCUCAUUGAUGAGAAAUUGCUCUGGUUAGUUAACUUUUUGUCCUCACUACCUUAUUUCUAUACAAAUUCUUUGUAUGGGUAAGUUUCCACAGUUGGUAGAUUCGUCUUCUUAAACAAAAGCUUGUUCUCAGCAUUCAUUUGAGGAUGUGAAAACUGAAGUGCUUGAUAGAUAGAAUACUCAUGCAUUUGAGGUCUCCUUUUAGAAAUGCAUCAAUAUUUUUUAACCUUUCAAUAUAUUAAUUGCCAAAAAGUUAUUACAUUCCAAGCAUGAUAUGGAUAGAAGUCCUCAAAGUUUGGGUGAUAACCUUUUUUUUUUUUUUUCUAGUGUGCAUCAUGCAUAGUAACACUGUUUUUUAAGUUCUCUGCAUAUGGACUCUGGUGUUUCUAAACGUCAGGGAAAAGUAAAAAGAAUAAAACAAAAAAGAAAGUUAUCAUGAUACAAACAACAGUUAUAACAAUAUUUAAAUUGAUGUCAGAUGCCUUCAGUAUUUUUCACCCAUGGCUUUGAAUAAUAGAAGAACACUUCACACAGUUAAUGUGACUGGUUAGUGUAUCUUCGUACCUGGUAGUCAGCAUUUUCCUACAAUAUGUAACUGGUCACACUGCUGAUGUUCAGUACUGAAUUAAAAGUGAACCUUGCAGUAUUCAUUUACACAGAACUUUAUAAUUUACUAUAUGUUAUGAUAUUGAAAGGCAAUUGAAUAGAUAAUUGUUGAUAUAUUUGUUCUAGUCAUAAUAGGAAGUCUAGUGUAGUGCCAGACAAACUAGUCAUGUAUUGAAAAUGCAAACUAGUCAUGGAAUAUUGCUCAAUGCAAUUUGUGCUGUUGAAAAAGUUUUUUGGGCAAAUUAUUAUUGAAAUAUGUAAUUCAUUUUUAUGAAUACAAAAAAAAAGCAUUUUUGAAAAUAUGACAAGCUAAAUAUUUGUUGUUUAUUGAUAAUGCUUCUGUUGAAUAAGUGGUAACUAGUACAGAAUCCUGUUCAACUACAAAUACUUAUCCAAGAAUACUCAGCAAAUAACUUGGUGCAAUAUUUGUAUAGCAUUAGGUAUUGAGAUUUAAUAGAUUAUGUAUGACAAAUUAUUUAUGAGAUUCUGCCAUGUGAUGUUAGAACUCAUGUCUUAUUUCAAUGGCUCUGAUACUUCUAAUAGGAACUAAAACCAAAGCAUAUUUGUACUUAAUUAUUUACCUGCUUGUGAUUUACUUCACUUAUUUAUUAAUGUUUCCUUUGUAACUUAUGUUGCUAUCCUCUUAUUUAUUAUCUAGUCUAAGGUGUAUUUGAUUAAUUUAGUACUCUGUUUAACUCCUAUGUACUUAAACUUGAAUAUUCCAAACUGUAUGCAUACCACAAUAGCUGUUUACAACAAAUGAGUUAAGAACUUUUGUUACUUUUGUAUAUUUUGGGAAAAUGUCCAACGGAUAGUUAAUGAUACCAGUGCACACUCAUCUGAUAAAUGCAAACAAAUGUGAUUUUAAUUUUGUAUUUUACCUUGUUAUUAUCAAAAUUAAAUUCUACAGUUGGACAUUUUCUUGUAAAUGAUGUUUAGAUUGUGUACAAAAACUAUAUUUUCCAUUUUCUGGUCAAUUAACAGUUUGAUAUGUAAUAUAUGUAUAUUUUGUGGUCACAGUGUAAUUUAACUGUCUAGUCAUCUACUUAAAACAACAGUGACUGUGAAUUGUCUGUUGCAAUCUAUUUAUUAUGAUUAUCUAUAGAGAACAUUAUAUUUGUUUUUAUUGCAUUAUCAAAUGUGAAUAAGCCUUUCCAAGUUUUAUAAGGAGUAAGUGCUUUUACUGCUGUUCACCUUCUAAGUUUUGGAUGUACCUGCACACUUCAAAAAGCCUAAGUCCUCCCAACCCAUUCACUUGUUCUGUGUUGCUCUAUUAUACAUUAUCCAAAGCCUUGUAUGACUUCAUGACAUCUCCUGGGGCUGCAUCAAAUCACUAAGAAUUCUUUUAUGUAAAAGCAAAAGGCUUUAAAAAAUAAUCCAAAAAUGUUAACUCUGUUACUUGAAGUUCAUAAUCAAGGACAUAUGGCUGGCUGUAGGUAUCAACUAAAAAAAAGUGCUUGAAACUUCCCAGUGUUCUUUUACAGGUGCAAUACUUAAACAAAUGGCAUGUUUACUUAAAUUAUUUUCAUUAAUGGCUUUUGCUUAAUUGUACAAACAUGAGGAGAAUUUUUUGUGCAAGUGCAGUGAUAGUGCAAUUUAUAACUAAAGCCUACCAUUUUUAGUGGUUCUACAGGACAAUAAUUGUUUUAUGUUAGUGAAUAUUUGUAAUAAACAAGAGCAGUUUUAAAAUUCAUGACCUUACAAAGUGUCUUUUUCCUUCAACUUUUUGCUGGUAUCAUAUCCAGCAUCAUUAAUAUUUACAUAGAAUGUGUACAAAAAUCUAGAGAUUUUCUCAGACAGUGCAACUUUUAAAAUUAUUUUUACAAGGUAGCAUCAGUUAAAUUAUAAUGAGAAGAGCAAUUCUGCCAAACAUGUUUAUAUUUUUAAUUUUAAUGUUUCAAUACAUCUGUACAUUUUAUUGGCUAUGAAAAGCUUUAGAGGCCUAGAAUUAUUAACACAAUUAUCUGCAACAAAUCAUUUUGUAUUGAUAUGCUACUUAGAAAUACUUACAAAUAUUUUUACUAUUGCUCUUUUCUAAUGCAGCAAAGUAUUAGCUAGUCAUACUUGUUGAUUUCUCUUCAUUGUUAUGUUCCUUCGAUUCUUGAUUACUUUGCUUUGCAUUUAUAUUCACCUAAAACAAAACAAAAAAAAGAACCAUUGAUAAUACUCUAGUCACCUUUGAUUUUUUUUUCUUUGUUUGCACUUUGCACAAUUGGUCAUCAAUACUCUAGUCUGGUUUACAAAUAAUUUAAAUAUCUUCUAUUGAGGCUUAAUUGCUUCAGUAACCAAAGGGCAAAUUAGCCUUAUAAUCUCUUGUUCUUCUAUAGGUGCAAUAAUUCCAAAACAAUCAACUUUUUACCAUCAUUAAAAAAAGAAGCUCUUGGGUGAUUUUUUUUUCUAAGCAUUUUAUUCCCCUGAGGGACCUGGGUCUUGGGUGUCUCUGCAGGCACCUUUGUCUCCUCCCUGCCACAUUUGGAAUGUUUGUGGUGUCAUAUGCAACUCUUGAGCUGUCCUCCAAAGGGCAGCUCAUUGGGCAUGUUUGGCCAGUAUGGUGUACCCCUCAUGUAGAACUGUGUGAUUUCAAUAGCAAUUAGACAAUUACACUGAACAGUUUAAAAA